UUAUUAUUAUUACUGUUAUUAACUUUUGCAUUUUCAAGGUUACUUGCGAGUUACCUUGCAUAAACACCCAUCAAAAGCUAUUAAUAUUUCGUCUGCCUCUUAAGUUAUUGGAUUGAUUGACAGAAAAUUCAAAAUUUACUGUAUGAUUUAUAUAUCUUCUACGUGUAUCUGCUGCUCAUCUGCUCACAAAUGUGCCUAAAAGAAAAAAUGGAAAAGUUAAGUUUACUGACGAAACUGCCCGGUUGCAUAUUCAAUUACAAUGGCAGUAUACCGGAGUCGGCCUAUUCCUCAACAACUCCAGAUAACUCCAUUGAGAGGGCCAUAUAUGACAAUGAUGAAAAUAUUCUCAAUGAACAUGUCAAAGACGGUCAAAACAUAGACAUACAUCUAAAGAUCGGUGAAAUGACUUGCCUGGAGUACGCUUCGCUGAAGGGGUACAAGAACGUCUUAAGCCUCCUACUCAACUGCUCACCUUCGCGGGACAUCAUCAGGGAAUAUUUCGCCUUAGAAGACGUUGCUGACCGGGCGCAGAUGAUCUCAAAGAACAAGGACAUCUUCUUCGGGGAGAGGGCAGUGAUGGUCGAAGUCAACAGGUACAUAGCUUGCCUCUACACGACCAUCAUCUACGACCAGCCGGCCUGUCUCUCCCUCUUCUUGGACAUCUUAGGAAGACGAGAUCUCUCGGAAAAUAGGUUUUUCUCAUCCGAGGAGGAAAAGUUCAACGCUCUGAGUCUGGCUCGAUAUCUAGGUUUUGGACAUUUGUCAAAUAGGCAUAUCGAUAUGGAUGUAUAA